AUGCUGGACAAGCAACUCUCUGGUGGGGCAGUAAAAAUCCAACCAGACGAGAAGGCGUGCUUCAGCAUGGUGGAUCUCCUCAGCAAACCAUUGGAAGAGUUGGGGCUCAGCUGUAUGGACAAUCUCUCGGAAGCCUACAGCAACGUGUACAGGUAUCUAGCACCCCAGACCCAAGCUCACUGUGGCGUGGGCAUGGUCAAUGCUCUUCUGAUGUGCGAGCAUCCUGAUAGACAGGUUAUUGAUAAUGUCAAUCGUCUACAGAGCUUCAUGACUCUCUUGCGACCGCUCAUUUCUGAGGAAUAUGCCUCGGAUGCUACAGAGGCUGCCAGCGACCAGUGCAACUUGGCAAAGAUAUGUCACCUCAUUAGAGAGAGCGACGCUAAUACUGAUCUCGAGUUGCAGCUCCUCGGUGUUAUGCGGCAACAUUUGGGGCAUGGUAGUCCAGCUAAAUUGACGGUUACGCUAGUACCCGUAGUAUACCGCGCGAUGAAGUUAGCACCGAAGGUGAGGACCCUCGAACUGCAACACACAAGGCUCUUCAACAGCACUAAGAAGGCUUUCCAAUUCAUUUAUAAGACUUUGGACGCAUACGGUUCUCAUUGUCUAUUGGGUGGAGGCCCUACAGCGGCUAUGCAGACUGUGAAGAUGUGGUUAGAUGCGGCAGCGGUUGCCGGUUAUGUCGAAGUGAAUCUCUACGGUGAGGGCGCGUUCGAGUCCAUUUGCUGUGAGUUCAUUAACCGUGCUUUGGCAACGUAUGAGGACGACAUCACUGAGUCCCCAAAACAGAGUGCAUGCAUACCACUUUUCGUUGGAGCUCUCCUCGGACCAGCUGGGCAGGCCCUCACUCUUGAGGACUACGAAGUGACUUCGACUACGAUAACACAACACGCGGCGAAGCUCCUACAGCAAUCUGAGCAGUGCAGACAAAUUCUUUGCUGUGCGGACAUGUUUUGGAAUCCUGUUCUCCCUCGAGAUCGAUGGGACCCUCGACGGGUCCUCGAGUGUCUACAGCGAUGCUUAAAGAUUGCUGAGAGGAUUUUGGAAAGUGGACUCGGCAACGACUCGACUCUGAAUGAUGUUGAUAAGAUGGAUAUCUCGGAGACUACGGCGGUGUCGCUGUUCGUUGACGUUCUCGACCGCUAUGUUUUCUACUUCAACAAGGGCAACGAACAGGUUCUACCAUCGCAUAUUAGCAGUUUGAUCGCCCUUUGCGAAGAGCACGUGAAAUUCGCGCUUGAGUCUGCUAAUCCUAACAGUACCGCGUCCGGAGCCAAAAAUCCUCUCCUCGACAGUCACAAUUCGAUGAACAACACUUCAUCAGCAUCUUCGGUAUCGGGUAUUCUUGCGGUGAAGGCCCACUUGGCUGCUACUAUUGCGUAUGUGAAGAAGUUGAAGGAAGACCCCGACUAUCGAGAAAAGUAUCGUACGCUUGACUUGUCCAGUGUCUCGAGUUCAGCCCAAGUUGCCUAAACGUGAUGGACAACUGCCUU